CAACAAGUGACCUGGGGCUUUGGGUCCCCAUCAUGAUGGACAAUUGGGGACACCUGACCAGGAGGGCCCCAAAAGGGCUGUGAGACCCCCCCAAGAGAAGCCAGAACAGAGAAGGCAGUGGAUCGCAAGCAGAGCAAGCUGACGCAACUGCCAUGGCCCAGAUGCUGGACUUGGUCCCAUGGCACCAAGAUGGCAGCCCCGUCUACGCCUCCCCGGCAGUCCUCAUCCCCCUGCAGCCCCGGAAGGUCAUGCUGGCCGGAGUGAAGGACCACCUCUACCACCCCUUCUUGCCCACCUUACGGCGCAUGGACAUGGACACGGUGGCCAACCGGCUGACCGAUGAGCACUCCCGGACGGCCACUGGCUGCUCCAAAGCGGAUUUUGAAAAUGCAACCUUCACCUUGGCUGGGGUACCCAAUCGGCGCCUUCCAUCUCUGGGAAUGACAGAGCUGGGCAAGUGCCUGACCGCCAAGUAUCGAGCGGGGAAGAUGGCUCCUCUGGUGCCCAGCAUCAACCAGGAAGAAUGGCCCAGCUUCACUCGGGCCAUGGACGACUGGUCCCACUUUGUCUCCAAGGCCGGAGAGUUCAAACUGCCAAGUUUUAACAAAAGAGUGCUUGGCUUCAGCUGUUAUGCCCUGAGGUACCUGAAACCAGACGUCACACAGACCUGGAGGUAUUGCCUUAACCAGAACCCCAGCCUAGCCAGAUAUGGGCCAAAGCCUCUCUCUUACAACACUGUCAAUACCUACAGGAGCUUUGGAUCGGCACACAGCCGAUCCCACUACCUGCAGCCCUGGCGCUAGGAAGGAAGCCAGCAGGCCAAGAGCCACACGGAUCUUCUCCUUCGGCUCCUGAACGACCACAAAGAAUAAAAGCCAUUAGCUGCCUCAGCAGAGGAAGGCAUCC